AUGGUGCCUGGAUCAUCGGAGGGACAUCGCCUGCUGCGGGAGCGGAUCCGCAAGAGUCGGAGCACUCAGGAGCUGCAGACUUUUGAGGAUUGGGACCAUGGCUGGGAAGACAUGGUGCCGGUAGACAGCCGGCACGCUCCCCUGGACAACGCACGGCUCAUAGUGGUGGCAAAUCGGCUUCCAGUGACCUGCUCCAAGGACCCGCAGGGCAGAUGGCGGCUGCAGGUGCGGCGCAUGCGGGGCCGUGGGCUGCUGCAGGGGGCAACCCACCCAAGCGGCGAGGACGGGUGGGGCUGGGGCAGCAGGCGGCGCGAGGGCGCGGGCAUCGGUGGGGCGUCCGGCGGCCAUGCGGAGGGGUUUGCGCAUGGGCCGGCCGGCAAGCACGGCUUGCUCCCUCGAGCGGCACGGGCGCGGGACGAGGGCGUGCGUGGCGGCCGCAGACGGAUCAGCGCGGGCGGGCUGGUCAGCGCGCUCAUGGGGGUCGGCAAUUACACGACCCUCUGGGUCGGCUGGCCAGGCAUCUACGUCAGGCCGGGCCGCGACCGAGACGCGCUGGCGGCCAUGCUGCAGAAGGAGGGUUACGUGCCCGUCUGGCUGGAGCCCCAGCUGCUCGACCUCUACUACAACGGCUUCUGCAACAGCGUGCUGUGGCAGCUGUUCCAUUACGUCCCGCUGAAUAUGGACGGCUGGCAGCGCAUGACAGAGCACCACACCAUGCAGAUGCAGUGGCAGGCGUACUCGGCAGCCAAUGACCGCUUCGGGGAGGUGGUCCUGGCGCACUACCAAGGCGGGGACAUGGUGUGGGUGCAGGACUACCACCUCAUGCUGCUGCCGCAGCUGCUCAAGCAGGGGCACCCCAAAAUGAAGGCGCGCGGCGGGCGGCGGGCUCGGGCCCCACGCCGCGCGCUGGCCCCUGGCAGGGUGGGCUGGUUCCUGCACACGCCAUUCCCCUCCUCGGAGAUCUACCGCACGCUGCCCGUCAGGGAGGAGGUGCUGCGUGCGGUGCUGAAGGCCGACCUCAUAGGUUUUCACACCUACGACUACGCGCGCCACUUCAUCAGCAGCUGCACGCGCAUCCUGGGGCUGGAGGGCACCCCCGAGGGGGUCGAGGACAACGGCAGCAUAACUCGCGUCGCCGCGUUCCCUAUCGGCAUUGAUCCGGAGCGCUUCACCGCUGCGCUGGAGGCUGAGGAGGUACAGGGCAACAUAGCCAAGCUGCUCAACAGGUAUGCGGGGCGCAAGGUGAUGCUUGGCGUCGACCGGCUGGACAUGAUCAAGGGAAUCCCCCAGAAGCUGCUCGCCUUCGAGAAGUUCCUGCAGGAGCACCCUGAGUGGCGCGACAAGGUGCUGCUGGUGCAGAUCGCUGUCCCCAGCCGCACAGACGUCCCCGAGUACCAGCGGCUGCGCUCCAUGGUGCACGAGAUCGUGGGCCGCAUCAACGGCGCGUUCGGCACCCUGACCUACGUGCCCAUCCACCACCUGGACCGCCAGCUCAGCUUCCAUGAGCUGUGUGCACUGUACGCCGUCACUGACGUGGCGCUCAUCAACAGCCUGCGCGACGGCAUGAACCUGGUGUCAUAUGAGUACGUGGCCUGCCAGUCAGACAAUGCGGGCGUCCUGGUGCUGUCGGAGUUCGCCGGCGCGGCGCAGAGCCUGGGGGCGGGGGCCAUAUUGGUCAACCCCUGGAACGCCAUCGAGGACGCGCUGACGAUGAGCGAAGAGGAGCGGCGGGAGCGGCAUCGGCAGAACUACAUGCACGUGGCCACCCACACGGCGCAGGCACGCGGCUCUACUGCUGCUCGGGCUUGGGCGGACACCUUCAUAUCAGAGCUGAACGACACCCACAUCGAGGCUGACCUGCGCCUGAGGCACACGCCGCCCGACCUCAACCUGGAGGAG